AUGGAUAAGAUGCAGGAAUUGCAUCCCUACAUAUCCAUGAAAAAUAGUGAUAGUGCUCAUGGAGUAUUGCUUUUGCAGCUACAGGAUGGAUAUGGAGAUCCCAACACCCCAAAGUCCAAGUUCAAACAUGAAAAUCGCUUCUCCUUCAAGCACAGAGACAAAACCCGCUCCCCGACUUGUGGCCCGCCGGAGCGGAGGCGGCGCAACCCGCAGGGGUCAGUGCUGCUGCGGAGACCGGGGCCGCGGCCGCCGGGACGGGCAGCUAUGGCCGGAGGCGACGGGGACAGCCAAGGGGCGCGGGCCGGGGCAGGGAUCAUAGCCCCCGCCCCACGGCAGAGCUGCGGGAGAGGGCAGCGACGGCCCGGCUCCGGACCUGGAAUGCCGGCGGGGUCCCGUGCGACGAUGCGUGCCGGUGCCGGUGCCGGGCAGGUGCCGUCCGCCACUCUCCGCCCCAAAGGAGCCCCGGGGGAGCCCUGCCCGGCGGCCGGCAGGAGGCGGCCGGCGCUGCCCGGCCGCUGGGUCUCUCUUCUCUCCAUCCCCCCGCCCCCGACGGGGAGGAGGCGAGCGCUGCCGGCGCCCCCCCCGCACGGCCGCGGGCAGCCGGAGGACGGCAGCCCCGCGCCGGCCGGGCACUGUCGCCGCCCCGCUCCCCCCGCAGGGUCCGUGGCCGGAGGUAAUGCGCUGGCCGGGCGGGGACCACCCUCACGGCCCGGCUGCGGCAGCGUAGAGCGCUCCCGCGGCCCCUCUCCUGCACACAAAGGGGAGGCGCGGAAUCGUGCGCGGACGGGGAGGAGGACGGGGCGGGUGGGCGGCUCGAGAGCGCCCGGCAGCCCCGUCCAGGCUGUUCCGCGGAUGGCGGCGGACCGCCCCGCGGUGCUGGGCGCUGCGCCCUAG